AUGAGGCUCUGUGGAAAGCUGGUGGAACAUCGGCUAGUCUCACGGGCCAGAGGAAAGCAAGCACGAGACAAAGCGCGUCGUCUUUGGACUCAGCGCUAUCCCGGUGAACCAUAUGACUUUGAUCCAAAUCGGCCUCCUGGACUCCAGGCUACAAAUCUACAAACUCUGCAGGCGAACAGUCUCAUUAUGGCAAAUGGUUCAAACACAAAUUUUACUCCUAAUCACAGUUAUACCUACUGCAAUUCAGGCGCCGCUCUUAGUGUGUCGGGUGGCCCGGACAGCUGGACAACCGGAGAAGCAGGUGGUACCAGGACUACCAUCCUUGAACAAGCCAGUCGCCUAUCUACUGACGUACUGAGAAUCGCUGUGGAACAUACAUGCUUUUAUUACCAG